AACUAGAAAUAAACAAUUUACUUCAAAACUGUGACCGAUCUUUCCAUCUUUUUUUUAAAAAUAUAUUGAUAUGCAUCCACAAUAUUACAAUAUUUUUCACUCAGAAAUGCCAUAUGAGAUUUAGAUUUCCGCUGAUAGUCCAUUAACAGGAGCAUUAUGAAUAUGCAAACGAGCUUGGAAAUGUCCGAUAUUAAACUGUGCCGUGACGUGUUGCAUAUUUUGAAGAUGCUGCUACACAAAGUGAUGCAGCCUCCCCCCUGAGUGAGCGAGCAGCACUGGCUACUUCAGCCAAUCAGACACCUCUCUCUGGCACUCUCUGCUUCUUAAUUGGCCAACAGCGACAGAAAGAACAGCUGAUCCAUGUGUGGAGGCUGAUUUAUCAUCCACCCAGCCAGCACAGGAGAGGCAGAGACAGAGGACGGUCUUGCAGAGAGAGAGAGAGAGAGAAAACGGCUGACUGGUGCAGAAGAAUCUGCUACUGAAUCUCAUCACCUGUAUCCUGCUCUGUAUCCCUGCCUGGCAAAGAUGAACCACAGCCCUGGUGAAAAUGAGGCUGAGACCACAGAGCCAAUGCGCUACCUCAGUAAAACAGAGAUGGCUGCCAUUGAAACAGAGCUCCUCACAGACUAUCGUUUUGGACAACAGCAGCUGAUUGAGAUCUGGGGUCAUGCCUGUGCCGUCGCCAUCACCAAGGCCUAUCCUCUAAGCUCUCUGACCAAGAAACAACCUACAGUCUUGGUUAUUUGUGGGCCAGAACAAAAUGGUGCCAUUGGCUUGGUGUGUGCUCGACACCUGCGCAUAUUUGAAUAUGAGCCCACAAUCUUUUAUCCCAAACGCUCACCUGAUAACUUACAUCAGGACUUUACCAUUCAGUGUGAGAAGAUGGACAUUCCUUUCCUUUCUUAUCUUCCGACUGAGGUCCAGCUCAUAAACGAUGCCUAUAAUCUGGUGAUUGACGCUAUCGUGGGGCCAGAAAUAGACCUUAAAGAUGUAAGAGAGCCCUAUUCUGGCAUAUUGGUCACCCUCAAACAGGUGAAGAUCCCCAUCGCGAGCGUGGACGUGCCCUCAGGCUGGGAUGUAGAUGAAGCGAGUAAAGAUGGGAUCAAUCCAGAGGUUCUCAUCUCUCUGACGGUCCCCAAAAAGUGUGCCACAAGUUUCACGGGGAAGCACUUUCUAGCCGGACGUUUUCUUCCGUAUGACAUGCAGAAAAAAUAUGAACUCAAUCUGCCUGAAUUUCCAGGCACUGACUGUUUUAUAGAACUGUAACACUGACACAACACAAAACAUAUUUUGGAUAUGUACGAAUUAUAUAUACACAUUGACAUUUUGUAUUUUUUAGGUUGUUACUGUGGUAAAAUGUCUAGAAGUUUGUGCACAGAGACCGUCGUGGUGGCUGGAUAUGAUGUGGUAUGUGCUUAGGUAAAAGUGUGUAGCUUAAGCUAUUUUUUGUUUGCUUGAAAAUGAAGAUUCUAUUCUGUAUUUUUUUGUUCAUAUAUUUAUGCAAUUUCACAUGAUAGAAAAUAUUCUGACUGUUUUGACAAUUGGUCAAAGCUUUUUCUCUUCAUUAAACCCCUUCAUUAAAUUUUAUGGUUAAAAAACCCCUCAGUAUCCUUUAGUAUUAGACAAUAAAACUGGCAAAUGCAUUAAAUUAUUCUACGUACUACAUACAGUUAAAGUGUAUUUCUGCAACUGAAUUUUUACAUUAUAUUUAUAUUAUAUAUACAUUUUCUUUCAUUUUUUUAAUUAGAAACUUUUUAAAUAGCACAAGGUUGCCCAAAACACAAAACCUUUAUAUGGUUAAACAGUGAAUGGACUGGUAUAUAGUUUCUUAGUUUGAAUUGGUUGUAUUUAACACCAGUUUAGAUCCGAAUUCAAAUAAAUUCUCUUUGAACCUGUUAA